CUUUUGCACAGUAGUGUUCGAGUUAUAAGCUGGAGUUUUUAGUUAGUUUCCUUCUUCCUGAUAGAGAGAGAAUAUAAUCAGCUAUUUCUAGGCCUAAAACAUCCUUCGGGUGAUUGUUUUGGUUGGAUGGGAGGAGACUGUGGAACCUGGUUUCCUCAGCUGGAUUUUCAUUGGCAAUCAUCCAAUUUGAAUUCAUUGGGUGCUCCCCUUGACAUGGGGCAGCAAAAUCCCAUCUCUGCAUAUAUAAACCCUGGCACUAAUAUGGCUUCUACAAAUGGGACUGUGCCAGUAUAUGCAUCUUCUAAACUACUACCGCAUUCUCGGGUAGGCCAAGCAAAUGAACCCCAUGGUUGGUUUUAUUGUUUGCCUCGAUUCCGGCAAUCCUUCACUCCGUACUCAAACUACACCAUUGGCGAUGGCAGACUUCCUGCUGACCCUUAUCGGAGCUGCGGGGAGCCCAUAACACCCAAUGCAGGGUCUGAUUGCGGCCAGAAGAGGUUUGUUGUUGUUGAUCAAUCGAGGGACCAAACCACUUUGAUCUUUAGUUCUGGGAUUGGGUCUCCUGUCCAGUGCCUUACUUCUUUGAGGCCAAAACCUAAUGCCGCUUGUAAUAUGAAUGGGGAAGAUCUUGGGAUUAAAAGAGAUUCGAAUUAUCUCGCGGGACCAAUAUUGACCGACGAAUUUAAUGAAAAUCCCAGAACUGAUUUGCAAAGCGAGAUGCAUGAAGACACAGAAGAACUCAACGCCUUGCUUUACUCAGACGAUGAGAGUGAUUAUACUGAAGAAGAUGGUGAAGUUACUAGCACAGCUCAUUCACCCUGUACAAUGGCAUCUCAUGAUAAGAAAGAUUGGUACGAGGGAAGUGCUGAAGAAGUUGCUAGUUCUGCUGGACCAACUAAAAAGCGGAAACUAUGUGAUGGAGGUUAUGAUCAUUUGCCAUCACUGAUGGACACUGCAAGUUCUAUGAAACCCGAUGGAACCUUCGACGAAUAUGAAGCUGAUGCGGAAUCUAGUUGUGCCAAUGGCAACAAUGCAGGGUCAGGAGAAACAGGUUGCUUAUCAGGCAGCAAGAAGAUGAAGAAGGAGAAAAUACGCGAGACUGUGAACAUUCUGCAAAGCAUGAUUCCUGGUGUUCGGGGCAAGGAUGCAAUUGUUGUUCUUGAUGAAACCAUCCAUUACUUGAAAUCUUUGAAGCACAGAGCCAAGGCUUUAGGACUCGAUGCUCUCUGAGAUGCAGGAUAUAUUAAAAUUUCCUAGUAGUGUUAUAAGUAGUACGUGGCAUUAUCAGAGUUCUAAGUGGCAUGUUGGGUGUGAAUUUGUGAAGAUAAAGCUUGAAUACACCUUCCAAGUCUUUGUUGAAUGAUUAAGUUGGAAAUCAGCAGCCUUGGCUUGUAGAAUCUAUUCGCUCUUUGAUUUCUAGAGAGAGGAAGGAAGAGGUGCGGUAUAUUAUGUCCCAAUAAAGGGUGGUGAAUCAUUAGUCUUGUCUUAGGGUCUAGAGAAAGUAAUACUGAUCACACCUGGGCGUGGGAUGUGGGGUGUGGAUGAGAAGACUGGUUGUUGUUCCUGAAGGGGACCCAGAUAAGAGAAGAGCGUGCACGCCCCUUGGGUGUCUUGGGACCCAAUUUACACUUUCACUUUUCUCACUCUUUUUGUAUUCUUGUCAUGUUUAAUUGCUUGUGGGGUUAUCUUUUUCCCUUGAUGUAGAAAUCUGCACCAGCCAAAAAGCCGUCCACUUCAUCAUGCAACUUGCUGGAGAGGGCCCUGAAAAAUUCACCAUUUUCACGCAUCCUUUGAAGCCCAAAAAGCUCUUUUUGGGGGAAUUUUAUUUUCCUAUUUAUGGUUUAUUAUUAUUAUUAUUGUAAUUUGAUCGUCGGACGAACGGCUGUUGUUGUGUUUAUUAUUAUUAUUAUUAUUAUUAUUACUAGUA